AUGAAUUGGUUCUUUGGGUCGUCCUCGACUACACCACCCGUGAGUGUCACAUUGUCUUCAUCAACCACCCAGGGCCGUAGUGCACCAUCUGAAGAAGAUGAUUCACGACAUAAGAAUCGUGGUCUGGAUCAAAACCCCACUGCGACACUUUAUAGUAAUCGUUCAGCCGCGUAUUGUGCAUUGGGAUUAUUCCAAGAGGCAAAAGAAGACGCUGAUCAAGCAAUUCCUUAUACAAAAAAGGCAGCAGAUGCCUAUGCUCGUGGAUUAGAGAUUUGUCUUCGAGGAGCCGUAGGUGAAGCACAACAAAGAGAUAGAGACCUGGCAGCGCUGAAGCGUCAGACGGACAGCCAAGCAGAAGCAUAUCUUCGUCUUUUGGAGGAAAAUAACCAACUUAAACGCCAAGUCGAAGACUAUCAGCACAUGUUUGGUGACUGGACUAAGAAGGAAAUUUUUAUUGAGCUGAAGGCAAAGGUCACGCACGACAGUGAUGAUAUGAGAGACGGCAGUGUCGCGCUGGGCUCUAGUGUCCGCUCGAACAAGCUUUGUCGCCGGCUAUCAAGAGAUAGGAAAUAUACGCACCACACCAUAACGAACACGAGUAGGUGGACGGCGCAACCUGCGGGCCUGCAUUUUUGUUGCCAAAUUCUUGCAGCUUUUCCACUCAUACGACAGCACUAUACAUCUGCUGCAGCACUUGAGAUAUUGCUCCAAAGUAAGUUACGUCAUACUCUGCUACGUUGCUCGUGCCAGUCAAGACAGGCAAGAUUAUUCUGGGGAGCACUCGUUGCGACGCAACAAGGACCAUUUCUGUCGUGA